GAGGAGGAGGAGGACAUGGUCUCCGAGGAGGAGGAGGAGGAGGAGGACGGCGACGCCGAGGAGACCCAAGAUUCCGAGGAGGACGAGGAGGAUGAGAUGGAGGAGGACGACGAUGAUUCCGAUUAUCCGGAGGAGAUGGAAGACGACGACGACGACGCCAGUUAUUGCACGGAAAGCAGCUUCAGGAGCCAUAGCACCUAUAGCAGCACUCCAGGUAGGCGAAAACCAAGAGUACAUCGGCCUCGUUCUCCGAUAUUGGAAGAAAAAGACAUCCCACCCCUUGAAUUUCCCAAGUCCUCUGAGGAUUUAAUGGUGCCUAAUGAGCAUAUAAUGAAUGUUAUUGCCAUUUAUGAGGUACUGCGGAACUUUGGCACUGUUUUAAGGUUAUCUCCUUUUCGCUUUGAGGACUUCUGUGCAGCUCUGGUGAGUCAAGAGCAGUGCACACUUAUGGCAGAGAUGCACGUUGUGCUUUUGAAAGCGGUUUUGCGUGAAGAAGACACUUCCAAUACUACCUUUGGGCCUGCUGAUCUGAAAGAUAGCGUUAAUUCCACGCUGUAUUUCAUAGAUGGGAUGACGUGGCCAGAGGUGCUGCGGGUGUACUGUGAGAGUGAUAAGGAGUACCAUCAUGUUCUUCCUUACCAAGAAGCAGAGGACUAUCCCUAUGGACCAGUAGAGAACAAAAUCAAAGUUCUGCAGUUCUUAGUCGAUCAGUUUCUUACCACAAAUAUUGCUCGUGAGGAAUUGAUGUCUGAAGGGGUGAUCCAAUAUGAUGACCAUUGUCGGGUUUGUCACAAACUUGGGGACUUGCUUUGCUGUGAGACAUGUUCAGCAGUAUACCAUUUGGAAUGUGUGAAACCACCUCUUGAGGAGGUACCAGAGGACGAAUGGCAGUGUGAAGUCUGUGUAGCACAUAAGGUGCCUGGUGUGACUGACUGUGUUGCUGAAAUCCAAAAAAACAAACCAUAUAUUCGACAUGAACCUAUUGGAUAUGACAGGAGUCGGAGGAAAUACUGGUUCCUAAACCGAAGACUCAUAAUAGAAGAAGAUACAGAAAAUGAAAAUGAGAAGAAAAUUUGGUACUACAGCACAAAGGUCCAACUUGCAGAAUUAAUUGACUGUCUAGAUAAAGAUUACUGGGAAGCAGAACUCUGCAAAAUUCUGGAAGAAAUGCGUGAAGAAAUCCACCGGCACAUGGACAUAACUGAAGACUUGACCAAUAAGGCUCGGGGCAGUAACAAAUCCUUUCUGGCGGCAGCUAAUGAAGAAAUUUUGGAAUCCAUAAGAGCCAAAAAAGGAGAAAUUGAUAUUGUUAAAAGCCCAGAAGAAAUAGAAAAGGACAAGAAUGAGACCGAGAAUAAUAACGCCAAAGAUGUUGAGAAGAGCAGAGAGGAGUUUGAAGACCAGUCCCUUGAUAAAGACAGCGACGACAAAACACCGGAUGAUGAUCCUGAGCAAGGAAAAUCUGAGGAGCCAACAGAAGUUGGGGAUAAAGGUAACUCUGUGUCAGCAAAUCUUGGCGACAACACAACAAAUGCUUCUUCAGAAGAGACUAGUCCCUCUGAAGGGAGGAGUCCCGUGGGGUGUCUCUCAGAAACCCACGAUAGCAGCAACAUGGCAGAGAAGAAGGUGGCAUCUGAGCUCCCCCAGGAUGUGCCAGAAGAACCUAACAAGACAUGUGACAGCAGUAACACUAGUGCUCCCACUGCCUCCAUCCAGCCUAAUCUGGAAAACAGUAACAGCAGCAGUGAACUAGAUCCUUCCCAGAGUGAAUCUGCUAAGGCAGCUGAUGAGCCUGAAAAUGGAGAAAGAGAGUCUCACACACCUGUCUCUAUUCAAGAAGAGAUAGGUGAUUUCAAAUCGGAGAAGUCUAAUGGGGAAAUAAGUGAGUCUCCUGGAGCUGGAAGAGGGGCAUCUGGGUCAACUCGAAUUAUCACCAGAUUACGGAAUCCAGACAGCAAACUUAGCCAGCUGAAGAGCCAACAGGUGGCAGCUGCAGCCCAUGAAGCAAAUAAAUUAUUUAAGGAGGGCAAAGAGGUACUGGUAGUUAACUCUCAAGGAGAAAUUUCACGGUUGAGCACCAAAAAGGAAGUGGUCAUGAAAGGAAAUAUCAACAAUUAUUUUAAGUUGGGUCAAGAAGGGAAGUAUCGUGUCUACCACAAUCAGUACUCCACCAAUUCAUUUGCUUUGAAUAAGCACCAGCACAGAGAAGAUCAUGAUAAGAGAAGACAUCUUGCACAUAAAUUCUGUCUGACUCCAGCAGGAGAGUUCAAAUGGAAUGGUUCUGUCCAUGGGUCCAAAGUUCUUACCAUAUCUACUCUGAGACUGACUAUCACCCAACUAGAAAACAAUAUCCCUUCAUCCUUUCUUCAUCCAAAUUGGGCUUCACACAGGGCAAAUUGGAUCAAAGCAGUUCAGAUGUGUAGCAAACCCAGAGAAUUUGCACUGGCUUUAGCGAUUUUGGAGUGUGCAGUCAAACCUGUUGUGAUGCUACCAAUAUGGCGAGAAUCUUUAGGACACACCAGGUUACACAGGAUGACAUCAAUUGAAAGAGAAGAAAAGGAGAAAGUCAAGAAAAAAGAGAAAAAACAAGAAGAGGAAGAAACAAUGCAACAGGCUACAUGGGUAAAAUACACGUUUCCAGUUAAACAUCAGGUUUGGAAACAAAAAGGAGAGGAAUACAGAGUAACAGGAUAUGGUGGUUGGAGCUGGAUUAGUAAAACUCAUGUUUAUAGGUUUGUUCCUAAAUUGCCAGGCAAUACUAAUGUGAAUUACAGAAAGUCAUUAGAAGGAACCAAAAAUAAUGUGGAUGAAAAUAUGGAUGAGUCAGAUAGAAGAAAAAGUCCACGGAGUCCAAAAAAAAUAAAAACAGAGCCUGAUUCUGAGAAAGGCGAGGUAAAAGAUUCAGAUGCUGCCAAAGGAGCAGACCAAAGUGAAAUGGACGUUUCCAAGAUUACUGAGAAGAAGGACCAAGAUGUACAAGAAAUUUUAGAUUCUGACAAUGAGAAACCCUUUAAGGAAGAACCAAUGGAGAUAGAUGAUGAUGUGAAAACAGAGCCACGUAUAAACUGUCAGGAAGGUUCUCAAGUAGAUGUGGUCAAUGUCAGUGAGGGCUUCCAUCUAAGGACUAGUUAUAAAAAGAAAAUUAAAUCAUCCAAACUAGAUGGACUUCUUGAAAGGAGAAUUAAACAGUUUACACUGGAAGAAAAACAGCGCCUCGAGAAAAUGAAGUUGGAGGGUGGAAUUAAGGGUAUAGGAAAGACCUCUACAAGUUCUUUGAAAAGCCUUUCUGAGUCACCAGUAACAAUGAAAGCAAAAGAAGGGUGUCAAAGUGACUCACUUAGACAAGAACAAAGCCCUAAUGCAAGUAAUGGUAGAUCUGAAGAUGUGAUUCGGGGAUGUUCACAAAGCGAUUCCUCAAUUCUUGGAAUCGGUGAUCCUGAUCAUACAACAGACAGACUUUAUCCAAAAGAUCAAAUGUUAGAUGACAUCUCCAUUCAGAGUCCAGAGACAAACUGUCAGAAACAAAAUUCUGUUGGAAAUGACAUAGAUGAGAGUCUCUCUGAACCUACCAGUCAAGGCCAGGAACCUGGUAAGAUUAAAACAAGAGGAAGUGACUUUCUCAUUGGUGACUCCAAACUAGCCAGUGCAGAUGAAAUUGGUACUUUGAUCUAUAAGAACAAAACACCACUCAUACAGGAGGAUAAUGACACCAUUGUUUCUCCUUCCCAGAGCCCUUCACUUCCAUCAGUACCUAAAAGUACUGAUGAUAGAGAUCUCCCAUCUCUGUCAAAAGCAGUGGACUUUGAAGGAAAACUAGGAUGUGUCUCUGAAUAUAACAGCACUUUGGAAAAUAGUUCUGAUACCAUGUCUAUUCAGGACAGCAGUGAAGAAGAUAUGAUUGUUCAGAAUAGCAAUGAAAGUCUUUCUGAGCAGUUCAUAACUCAAGAACAAGGUAUUGAAGGCUUGGAACCAUUGAAACGGGAGUUUGUUCCAGAUAAAUCCACUGGAAACUAUGAUAAAAGACCACAGGGUAAGGUAACUGAAGCAAAUGGUAGAAAGCCAAGUCAAGAACAGAAAUUAGAAGAGAGAUCAGUUAAUAAAUGUAUUGAUCAAGUCAGUCUAAAAAGUAGCACUGACAAAAAGAAUAAUGAAAAUCGAGAGUCUGAAAAGAAAGGACAGAAAGCAAGUACCUUUCAAAUAAAUGGAAAAGAUAAUAAACCCAAAUCAUAUUUAAAAGGGGAAUGCUUGAAGGAAAUCUCUGAGGGUAAAGUAGUAAGUGGUGACAUUGAACCAAAGCUUAAUAAUAUAAAUAAGAUAAUUCCUGAAAAUGAUAUUAAGUCUUUGACUGCUAAAGAAUCUGCUGUAAAGCCAUUCAUGAAUGGUGAUGUCAUUAUGGAAGAUUUUAAUGAAAAAAACAACCUGGAAAUAAAGUCAUCUUUACUGAGAUCUUCAGAUGCUGAAGGUGACUACCAAGACGGCAUAGAGACCGUGCCGUCAACCAAAGAGCCUGAGAGUGCACACGCUGCCAUGCCUCCACUGUCUUGUCCAGAAAGCAGUUCAGCGAAUCAGGUAGAAGAUAUGGAAAUUGAAACCUCCGAAGUUAAGAAAGUUACUCCCUCACCUGUUACUUCUGGAGAGGAAUCUAACCUCAGUAAUGAUUUUGUUGAUGAAAAUGGUCUGCCCACCCACAAAGAUGAAAAUGUCAAUGGAGAGCCCAAGAGAAAAACAGUCAUCACAGAAGUCACCACCAUGACAUCCACGGUGGCCACAGAAUCAAAAACUGUAAUCAAAGUAGCAAAAGGUGAUAAGCAGACUGUGGUCUCGUCCACAGAAAAUUGUGCCAAAUCCACUGUCACAACCACCACUACAACGGUAACAAAGCUUUCCACGCCCGCCACAGGCAGCAGUGUGGACAUCAUCUCUGUGAAGGAGCAGAGCAAAACUGUGGUCACCACAACAGUGACAGACUCACUGACCACUGCAGGGGGCACUCUGGUGACAUCUAUGACCGUGAGCAAAGAAUAUUCCACAAGAGACAAAGUGAAACUCAUGAAAUUUUCAAGGCCCAAGAAGACUCGUUCAGGUACAGCUCUGCCAUCCUAUAGAAAGUUUAUCACCAAGAGCAGCAAGAAGAGCAUAUUUGUUUUGCCUAAUGAUGACUUAAAAAAGUUGGCCAGAAAAGGAGGAAUCCGAGAAGUCCCUUAUUUUAAUUACAAUGCAAAACCUGCCUUGGAUAUAUGGCCAUAUCCUUCUCCUAGACCAACCUUUGGUAUCACUUGGAGGUAUAGACUUCAGACUGUAAAGUCCUUAGCUGGAGUGAGCCUUAUGUUACGGUUACUGUGGGCAAGCCUGAGAUGGGAUGACAUGGCGGCCAAGGCUCCUCCAGGAGGAGGGACUACGCGGACAGAAACAUCUGAAACUGAAAUCACAACAACAGAGAUAAUUAAAAGGCGAGAUGUUGGUCCUUAUGGCAUUCGAUCUGAAUAUUGUAUCCGGAAAAUCAUUUGCCCCAUUGGAGUUCCAGAAGCACCAAAAGAAACACCUACACCUCAGAGGAAAGGCCUUCGAUCAAGUGCAUUACGGCCAAAGAGACCAGAAACGCCCAAGCAAACUGGCCCUGUUAUUAUCGAAACUUGGGUAGCAGAGGAAGAGUUGGAAUUGUGGGAGAUCAGGGCGUUUGCUGAAAGAGUGGAGAAAGAAAAGGCACAAGCAGUUGAGCAACAGGCUAAGAAACGAUUGGAACAGCAGAAGCCUACAGUAAUUGCAGCUUCCACCACUUCCCCACCAAACAGUACAACUAGUACCAUUUCUCCAGCACAAAAAGUUAUGGUGGCCCCCAUAAGUGGCUCAGUUACAACUGGAACUAAAAUGGUUCUCACUACUAAAGUUGGAUCUCCAGCCACUGUAACAUUCCAGCAAAACAAGAACUUCCAUCAGACCUUUGCUACGUGGGUUAAGCAAGGCCAGUCAAAUUCAGGCGUUGUUCAAGUACAGCAGAAAGUCCUGGGUAUCAUUCCAUCAAGUACAGGUACAAGCCAGCAGACCUUUACUUCAUUCCAACCCAGGACAGCAACAGUCACAAUCAGGCCCAAUACCUCAGGCUCUGGAGGAACCACAAGCACUUCACAAGUAAUCACAGGUCCUCAGAUCCGCCCUGGUAUGACGGUGAUUAGAACACCCCUCCAACAGUCAACACUAGGAAAGGCAAUUAUUCGAACACCUGUGAUGGUACAACCAGGUACUCCUCAACAAGUGGUGACUCAGAUCAUUAGAGGGCAGCCCGUCUCCACCGCAGUCUCUGCCCCGAGUGCGGUUUCCUCGACCCCUGGGCAGAAAGGAUUAACUUCGGGAGCAUCCAGCACAAAUCUGCAGUCUUCAACCUCACAGUCCCCUCGCCCCCAACAGGGACAGGUGAAGCUUACCAUGGCUCAGCUCACUCAGUUAACACAGGGCCACGGUGGCAAUCAAGGUUUGACAGUAGUAAUUCAAGGACAAGGUCAAACGACUGGACAGUUGCAGUUGAUACCUCAAGGGGUGACCAUACUUCCGGGUCCAGGCCAGCAGCUGAUGCAAGCUGCCAUGCCAAACGGGACUGUUCAGCGGUUCCUCUUUACGCCUUUGGCAACGACGGCCACAGCAGCCAGCACCACCACCAGCACUGUUUCCACUACAGCAGCAGGUACAAGUGAACAAAGACAGAGUAAAUUAUCACCCCCGACACAGGUGCAACAAGCCAAAACCUUGCCACCAGCUCAGUCAUCGAGUGUGAGUCCUCCAGAAGCCCAGCCACAGACUGCUCAGCCUUCAGCUCAGCCCCAGCCCCAAACCCAGCCCCCGUCCCCAGCUCAGCCUGAAGUUCAGACUCAGCCUGAAGUUCAGACCCAAACAACUGUCGCAUCCCAUGUCCCUUCUGAAGCACAACCCACCCAAGCACAGUCAUCCAAACCCCAAGUCGCAGUACAGUGUCAGCCUCAAAGUAAUGUCCAAGGACAGUCUCCUGCUCGCGUCCAAAGUCCACCACAGACUCGAAUACGUCCAUCGACUCCAUCCCAAGUGUCUCCUGGACAGCAAUCCCAGGGUCAGACUACAACCUCACAACCGAUUCCAAUUCAACCACAUACAUCUCUUCAGACACCUUCCCAGGGCCAGCCACAAUCACAACCCCAGGUGGUGAUGAAGCAUAAUGCUGUAAUAGAACAUUUAAAGCAGAAAAAGACCAUGACUCCAGCUGAAAGAGAAGAGAAUCAAAGAAUGAUUGUCUGUAACCAGGUGAUGAAGUAUAUUUUGGAUAAGAUAGAUAAAGAAGAAAAACAGGCAGCAAAAAAACGGAAGCGUGAAGAGAGCGUGGAACAGAAACGUAGCAAGCAGAAUGCCACCAAGCUCUCCGCGCUGCUCUUCAAACACAAAGAACAACUCAAAGCUGAAAUACUAAAAAAGAGAGCGCUCCUGGACAAAGACCUACAGAUUGAAGUGCAGGAAGAGCUCAAGAGAGACUUGAAAAUUAAGAAAGAAAAAGACAUGGUGCAGGCCACCGCAGUGGCGGCCACCUCGCCUGCAGCCCCGCCUGCGCCUCCAGCCCCGCCGCCGUCACCCCCACCUCCGCCUCCCCCGCAGCACACAGGCCCCCUGGCCACGGCCACGGCCACGGCCACGCUGCCUGCGGCUUCCCAGAAGAGGAAGCGAGAAGAAGAAAGAGACUCAAGCUCCAAGUCCAAGAAGAAGAAAAUGAUCUCUACUACCUCAAAGGAAACUAAGAAGGACACAAAGCUUUACUGUAUCUGUAAAACGCCUUACGAUGAAUCUAAAUUUUAUAUUGGCUGUGAUCGGUGUCAGAAUUGGUACCAUGGGCGCUGCGUUGGCAUCUUGCAAAGUGAGGCAGAGCUCAUUGACGAGUAUGUCUGUCCACAGUGCCAGUCGACAGAGGAUGCCAUGACAGUGCUCACGCCGCUAACAGAGAAAGAUUAUGAGGGCUUAAAAAGGGUGCUUCGUUCUUUACAGGCCCAUAAGAUGGCCUGGCCUUUCCUUGAACCAGUGGAUCCUAAUGAUGCACCAGAUUAUUACGGUGUUAUUAAGGAACCUAUGGAUCUUGCCACCAUGGAAGAAAGAGUACAAAGACGAUAUUAUGAAAAGCUGACGGAAUUUGUGGCAGAUAUGACCAAAAUUUUUGAUAACUGUCGUUACUACAAUCCGAGUGACUCGCCUUUUUACCAGUGUGCAGAAGUUCUUGAGUCCUUCUUUGUACAGAAAUUGAAAGGGUUCAAGGCUAGCAGGUCUCAUAACAACAAACUGCAGUCUACAGCUUCUUAAAGUUCAGCGUGUUAACCUAACAUAAAACACAGCAAGAAUCUGGUUGUCUGAACUAUUUUAAAUUAAGGAGCCAGAUGUUUUUAGUCAGGUUAUCCUGACAAGACUUGACCUAAACUUCGUUUUUAUUGGUCAUAACAGUCCAAUUAUAUUCUUGGCCAAUUUUGUCCAACGGACAAGGGAAAAGCAAAGUCAACGACACCAUUAUCUUGUCAAGAUCAAAUGGUUUUACUAUUGUGGCAGAAGCGGGAAAACUUUGUUUAUUGAAAAAAAAAGAAAAAAGAAAGCAAGAAAAAAAAGAUAAUAUGGGGUCAAGUGUAACUCCAUGGAAAUGCCACGUCUGCUCUUCAGUGAAGAAGCUGGUUUAGAGUCUCACAGAAAACUUUUGACUGUAUUUAUUUAUUGUUGCAAAAAAGACGCUUUUUUAUUGCUGCCCUCAUUUGUCAGCUAAUUAUUUUUUCUUAUAAAAUCCAGCCCCGGUUACAUGUAAUCCAUUCUGUAUCUUAUCAUGAUUCCUGUAGGUAAAAGUACAAGACGACCUCUAGAUGUCUUUUCUUUCUAUGAAAGGAGCUGCUAUGUACACAUGUGCACACACACAUACACACACAACUGGGAAUCAACAAUGAGUUUAUUGUUCAUGGUAGAUAAAAAUUAAGCUUGCAUAAAGGUUGGGCUAAGUAGUCCUGGACUACAGACUCUGUUGCCUUGAAUAUAACAGUACAGUUUGUCAUUUACUCUGCACCAGGCUAAACUGAGUAAAAUCUAUUUGAAGGUAUCUUGUUUGUAAACAUUUGUCAGAUUCUAAUUUUUUUCUUUUUGUAUUAAAAUUCAACUAUGGAUGUAUAUGAAACAAAAUAAAUGGAGAUCAUUUUUCUCCCACA